UUGGACGCUCUCCGAAGGUGGGGUGUGGGGAGGGGGGGGGCACUUCAUCCGCAGCAACGGAUAACACGACGAACGAAUUCAAUUCUUUGCGCAAUGAAUAUAAAAUUGCAAAUAAUAUAAAAAGCAUCCAAUCCAACAGAUUAUUAACCUGCUUUACCUCAUCCGCUAACUAAAUAUCACAAAUGUACGUACAGAUAAAGUGAAAUGUUUAGUAUAAAUAAAUAAAUAUUAGGACCGACAACAAGAGUAAAAUGCUGCGCAUGAAAGCAUCAUGUCUACAAAUAAAAAAAUAAAAAAAUAAAAACAUAUAUAUAAUAAUAUUAUUAUAUACACAUUUGGUUGCAUACAUUUUAUUUUGGAUAUUGUUAGUAUUUUUCUAUUUUUAAUUUAGUCAAAUUAAAUUAUAAAUACAACACUUUUGAUUUACUUUCACAUUAUCUGAAAACUGUUGUGCUAAGAAAGAAAAGUCGGUUAUAUAUAUUUAUUUAUGUCCUUUCUACAAUUAAAUAUUAGUUUAUGAUUUGUAAUACUGUUUUUACAAAAGGCUCCAUCGGGAGGAAACGCCUUCUCAUAUUUUGGGGAGAUUAUGUAGUUCAGGAAGUAUAAUUCUACUUCCGCUCGUGUCUCUUACACUUCCGGUGAAAACAACCCCACGUGUGUGUGAGGGAAACGCGUGCACGUACAACUACAUUUAGAAGCAACAAUCACCGUUUACCUUCCAACGGCUGUUCGUUGGAAAACAAGUAGAACGUCGCGAGACGACCGACUCGCCAUGAGCUUCGUGGAGUACUCGGACCUCAUCCAGGAAGGCGACGUGGCCGUGGUCUACCUGGGCCCCGAGUCCAUGAUGCCGGUGAAGGUGAAGCAGGGCGCCCAGACGCAGACGCGCUACGGGGUCAUCCGCCACUCCUCGGACCUGAUUGGCCGGCGCUACGGGUCGAAGGUCACAUGUAGCAAAGGGGGCUGGGUCUACGUGCUCCACAUGACGCCCGAGCUGUGGACCGUCAACCUGCCGCACCGCACGCAGAUCCUCUACACCACCGACAUCGCCACCAUCACCAUGAUGCUGGAGCUGAAGCCGGGGUCGGUCGUGUGCGAGUCCGUGGCUGAAGGAAGUGUCGUUGCUGUGUGGUCUGGUUCUCAUCCAGGAAACCAGCCCGAUUGCAUGCGACAGCGCUGCAGAGCACAGGCCCCUCCCCACCUUCAUCCUCCUCCUCUUCCUCUCGUACAGGAGCUCUUCACUGACUCUCUGAGCAGGUUGGAAACACUGAUGCACCGGCAGCGGCUCGCUGUCCCACGCCAUCCUGCGCUCCGUCGCCCCCUCUGGCCACCUGCACACGGUGGAGUUCCACCAGCAGCGGGCGGAGAAGGCGGAGGAGGAGUUCAGGGAGCACGGCGUAGAGCGGCUGGUCACCGUGCGCAACCAGGACGUGUGCAAGGACGGCUUCGGCGUCACCGGCGUGGCCGACGCUGUCUUACUGGACAUCCCCAGCCCCUGGGAGGCCGUGGGCCACGCCAAGGCCGCCAUGAAGAGACAAGGAGGUCGGGUGUGCUCCUUCUCCCCGUGCAUCGAGCAGGUCCAGAAGACGUGCGAGGCGUUGAUGGAUCAUGGUUUUGAAGAGCUCAGCACGCUGGAGGUCCUGCUGCGGGUCCACGACGUGAGGACCAUCUACCUGCCGCUGCCCGACUUCGACGCCGCCG